AUGUCGGUCCCGGGCACCAGGAGACUAUGCAGAGUGGGCCUAGCCGCGGUGUUGGUCACAGCGUUGUGCGUGUUGACUCUGUUGGAUUCGCCGCCACGACUCCCGGAUCCACCGGCGGAUCCUCCUCCCACGCCUGGUGGCGAACCACCGGGCACGAGAAGCAUCGUGGCUUACUCCUGGGCGCGGAGAUUGGCACUCGAUUACAGACCCUCCAAGGAGUGCGACGGUAAUGGAACGUACGGGACGACAUUAAAUACGUUCAAGUUAGCCGGGGCGAAGUGGCUCGAGACAAUCCCCGGACAGCUAUUCCUGUACAGCGCCCACUUGGACCUAAGAGUGGCCGGUUAUCCGAGCCUGAGGGUGAUUGGCGUUAAACGUGGACCACUGCCGACCUCUGGCCUUUUCUGCACCGUUUGGUACCAGGAGGAGGACCGAGGCAGAGCAGUCAGCGUGGAGGCGUUGGUCUCGACGAUAUGGUUGGACGAGUGGGGCGAGACGUUGGACAGCUACGCGGGCGUUCUGGUCGGCUGUCAAUUGUCCCCGGACGCGGCGAUCGAGCCUUCCAGAGUGUACGUCGGGCUUGAACCCUGCCACACGAAUGCUAGUCAUAGUUUAGCGAUAAGCCCGAGGAACGAGGGCGUGGAACGACGUAGACAGUUCACCCUGUGCAUCAAAGGGCUCGACUUCGACGAGGACAUAUCCUCCAGGCUGGUCGCGUUCGUCGAGCUGCAUCGUAUCUUGGGCGCGGAGCUGUUCUACUUUUACGUGUUCGACGUGCACGUGAACGUGCUGAAGGUGCUCAGGCUGUACGAACAGUCGAACGUGAUCAGAUGGUACAAUCUGACGUUGCCCGGCGAUCUACCGAACGAGAAGCUAGCCAGAAGACAGUUGCUCGGCGAGGACAUCUGGAUCAAGAGACGUCUCGAACUGAUACCCUACAAUCAUUGCUUCUACGACAAUCUUCAUCGUUCGGAGUUCGUGGUGCCGAUCGACAUCGACGAGGCGAUCGUCCCUGUCACCAGACGGAACUGGUACGAGCUGUUGCUCGACGAGAGGAUCAAGCUCGGCAGAAGCUUCAAAGAUUUCGCCUCGUACGCCGUCCGGAACGUCUACUUCUUCCCCGAGCUGCAGACCAGGAAUCGAACCGACCCUGUCGUGUUCGACGACGAUGAUUCGUCCAGCUUCCUAGGUGACUUCGAUUACCUGAACACCGCCAGGACCGCCGCCGUUUCGCCGGAAGGCGACUCGGUGAAGAGCUUCGUCUCGACCAGACGCGCGUUGACCGUGCACAAUCAUUACGCGCUGACGACACUGAACCCAUCAACCAGACGAGCGCAUCACUUCGAUCCCGACGACGCGCUGAAACAUCAUCACAGAGCCUGCGACGACAAGCACUUGGACUGUGAGCUGCUUAUGGAGGACAUAACCGUGGACGAGUCCGCGUUGAGAUACUCUGGCGAGCUCAGAGCUAGGAUGAGGGUCUUUCUGACCGACCUCAAGGCAUUCGACUAG